AAAUCCUUAAAAUAAACCAAAUAAUAGUUAUAAUAUUAAAUUUUAUGUAGUUUAAAAAUGUUGUUAUAAAAGUAAUUGCUCAAUAUUCUAAUUAGAAGUUAGUGUUGUUUUCUUUGAAUAGAGUGUGUUAUAAGUGUAAUAAAUGUGUGAAAGAUACCCUGGUUACUUGUUCGGAGGGACUCCUGUCAGUAGUUGGGACAGGGGUUUCAAUUCACUGGAAAAUCAAAUCCAACAACAGUAUCGGGGCCGGGUGGGCGCGGGCGCGCGCUGCUGGGGCAGUAUGUCCGAAGGUGGGGGUGUGUCCGCCGCUGGCGGGGACUCCUGCAAGACCAACCUCAUCGUCAACUACCUGCCGCAGACCAUGACUGAGAAGGACCUGUACGCAAUGUUCAUGACAAUAGGACCGAUUGAGAGCUGUCGUGUUAUGAAAGAUUUUAAGACUGGCUACAGCUAUGGGUUCGGCUUCGUGAACUUUACAAGGGAAGAGGAUGCUGCUCGGGCGAUUGAUACCUUCAACGGAUACCAGCUCAGAAAUAAACGGUUAAAGGUAUCAUACGCUCGGCCAUCAGGUGACGACAUCAAAGACACGAACUUGUACGUCACAAAUCUCCCUCGAGCCAUAACCGAAGACCAGCUGGAGACCAUAUUCGGCAAGUACGGCAGGAUAGUGCAGAAGCAUAUACUCAGGGACAAGAGCAACGGUACGCCGCGGGGAGUCGCCUUUGUUAGAUUUGACAAACGAGAAGAGGCACAAGAAGCGAUAGCAGCCUUAAACAAUGUGAUACCAGAGGGCGGUACUGAGCCACUCAGCGUUAAGGUGGCCGAAGAGCACGGCAAACAGAAGGCUGCGUACUACGCGGGCUGGGCCGCCGGCUUCCAUCAUAACCGAGCGUCGGUCCCGCAGCGCCACCACAGCCUGGACCAGCUCGACAUGCUGCACAGCCGCCAGGACUACUCCACCAACUACGGCAUGUACGGCCUCCCCAACCGCUACCUGCGCCGCGACUACUACAACCAGCCCUCUUAUAUGAGCCAUCAUCGCCCAUUUUGAAAAGGACUUUACUCAUGCUCUCAGCCUGCUGUCAGGGCAUCGCUGACCGAUCACACAACACGUCGGUCUAGUACAACCGCAGCGGACAGUUGGCUGUAAAAAGCUGACAACAUGAUAUAUGUUUAUUGUUUUUUCUAAUAAUAAUAAAUAUAGUUUUCCAACAAGGGUAGAACAGUCGAAUGGAUUUUUGAGUUAGGGAUGGAUAAGGAUAUGAUAAUUUUAUUUGUGUUGCCCGAAAACAAAACCCUCGCUCUUAGUGAAUUUAAUCGUUGUGUGUGUUUUAGCAUGGAUUUCUAUAUCGGAUGUAGAAACAAGAUAAAAUUAAAUCCUCCAUUCAUCCCUUGCUUAAAAAUUCCAUGUAUAUCAUAAACAUAAUACUAAUAACCAAUUUAAAAGGUAUUACAGUGAUAUGCGUUCAUUAUGGCGGACUAUACAUUGACAAUAUGCAGCGGUGAUUCGUACGUUCAGUAGGUGUUUCGGAGUCUAUCGAGUGUUGUUCCCGUUAUAUACGUUCCUAUUUGUAUUUCCUUAAGGUCGAAAUUCGUUUCUACAACGUCGUUCAAGUGGUGUAAGGAUGUGCAUUUAAAUUUGGACCUUAACCCGUACUCCAAUAAAUGCUAUUUACCAGAAACAAGAUAAUGACAGCGUAUGUCUUUUUUUAUAGUUUAUUACAUCAGGUCUACGUCGAAGACGAAAGAAGCUGCUUAGGUAAGAAUCGGGAAACUAGUCAAAUAACCCGGAAUUUCCAUUACAUCACUGUACAUGGGACACUGAGAUACAUGGGUGAAAGUAAAUAUAAUUGUACUAAUGCGUGCGUGCGAGAUUAUAGCUUACCAUAAAAGUGAAAUGUGUAUGUUUUAAGGUUCAUAAUUGAAUGCUCAUUUUUUUGCGGCAAGGGCGGCGUUAUUAAUGAAAUUUGACCCUAAUGUGAUGGGUGUCCGGACUGGUAGAUAUAUUGGUUAGGUAUAGUGUGGGAAAAAUAUUUUACUUAAAAUAUGUAGAAUGUAAUUAUUUCAUUGCUUUUAAAACAAGUUUUUCUUAAGUGUGUUUUUUAAUCUUAAUACUUUUUAGGAUUGCAAUGAAAUCGGAUUUCCUAAUACUCAUUGAAUUAGAGCUGAAAAUCAAACUCAUAUUUUGAUAUCAAUAAAAUGUAAGCCUUAUAAUAUCUUACUUAUUUACUACCGGCAAAGAUUAUAAUAUUAAAUAAAUAACGUAAAAUAGAGAGAGAGAGAAUAAAAGUAAGUCGUCCCGAUACCCAUCACAUGCUCUGUCCCUUUCUAGGCUAGUGUAACUUAUUACGUAACUGUAGCGACUUGUUAAGUGCUCGAGUUCAGUGGGGAGCCCCCGUCUUGCACUUUAAAUAUAGAACGUUGUUAUUUUGACAGUGACAGCUGUCAAAGUACUUUUUUAAUAUGGCUAAAAAGUUUCAGUGAAAAUAGGUUUGUUAUGAAUUAUGAACUUAUGUUCCUAUAAUUAUUAUAUGACAGUAGAAAUAGAUUGUGUUAUGUGAAAGCAUGUGCUUGUUACGUGUUUGUGUCGUUGUUUGAAUUAAACGUUAUUUUAUCGUCGUUUUUCAUUAUUUAAGUUAGAUAGUUGCAUGUUUCAUUGCGUUGUGUUUUAAGAGUUUACUUCUAAGUUAGCGGAUAGAUUUUCCUCACUGAACGCGGAUGUAGGUCUAGAAUGCUAGAACUAGUUUCCAAAUGUGAAUUGUGCCUAAAUAAUGCGUAAUUUCUAAGAAAUGUACUAUCGGGGUUCACGAAGUCUACCGUACGAGAAAUUUAAAACUUGUUAAAGAGGUUAUAUAUAAAAUUUAUGAUGUAGGGUGCUAAUCUCGAUGUUAAAAUUAGGACAUACGCAACUGUGUUAAUAAAAUGUAUAAAUUAUGAGAUGGCACCCGUUGUAAACUGUUUAAGAUAAGUGUUUCAAGAUUGGGAACGUGAUUGUGUGUUUGAGUGUAGAGUCCAGAUAGAGUCGCCAUUUCUUUUUAAAACUUCAUUUAACUAGUUUAAAAUAUAUGAAGAUUUGAAUAAAAUUAAUUAGGAACGUAUUAGAGAUCUGUGUUAAAGAGGGCCAUAUAGCGUUAACGAGCUAGUCAGCCCAAUAAACGACCACUUCGCUUGUUAAAACGCGACUGAUAAUGUGAAUAUAGGAACGUUAGUACGAAGUCGUAAUUAUUGGAACAUUAUAAAGUAUUUAAAUCUGCUGUUUUUUAAGCAUAAGAGGAAAUGUAUAGCAUACCAUGAGCUCUUAAAACAAUUUAUCAUCGAUGAAAAAGCGAGAAAGCGCUCUACAUUCCGCCUAUCGGCGUCUCUAUUCCCA